GGUCCGAUCCCGGUGCGGUCCCGGUUCGGCUCCCCCCGGGUCCAUGGAGCCGGCCGAGGUGGAGUUCCUGGCCGAGAAGGAGCUGGUGACGAUCGUGCCCAACUUCAGCCUCGACCGGAUUCACCUCAUCGGGGGAGAUCUGGGUCCCUUCAACCCUGGCCUGCCGGUGGAAGUGCCUGUGUGGUUGGCCAUCAAUCUGAAGCAGAGGCAGAAGUGUCGGCUCAUUCCCCCGGAGUGGAUGGAUGUUGGGAAACUGGAGGAAAUCCGGGAUCAGGAGCGCAAGGAGGACACCUUCACUCCAAUGCCCAGUCCCUACUACAUGGAGCUCACCAAGCUGCUGCUGAACUAUGCCUCUGACAACAUCCCCAGGGCGGACGAGAUCCGGACGCUGGUGAAGGACACGUGGGACACGCGCAUGGCCAAGCUGCGCCUGUCCGCCGACAGCUUCGUCAGGCAGCAGGAGGCUCACGCCAAGCUGGAUAACUUAACCCUGAUGGAGAUCAACACCACUGGGACUUUCCUCACGCGGGCCUUGGACCACAUGUACAAGCUCCGCACCAACCUCCAGCCGGGCGAGAGCUCCCACUCCCAGGAUUUCUGACCCGAGCUGGGAGGAGCUGCUUCCCCUGGGCAGCCCCAGCGCCCUGCAGGGACCUGCCAGCCCUCAAACCCCCCUCAGGCCCGGCUGGGAGUCGCUCUGGAGCUGCUGGAGCAUCCCCAGAGCCCGGCGCAGGGGCUUUUUGCCCUCCCUGCCCCAGGGGUUUUUAUUCUCCCUCCUGGGAUUGUCCCCACCCCCCUUGGGACGCUUUUACCCCCUCCCAGGUUUUGCCAUCCCCCAAAACCACCACCCAGGUCCCCCAAAACACGACUUUAUUCACAGCCCGGCCCUGUCCAUGUCCCCUCCCCGCCCCACGGGGGGGCCCAAUGUCACCUCCUGCCCCUGGGGGUCCCACCCUCGCGUCCCUCCCCCUUCCCCCUAUUUACAGCUCUGGGAUGUGGCCCCGAGGGUGACGCAGGGCACGGGGUGAGCUUAGGGACAUCAGCUCUGUGUCACUGUCCUGUCCGUGUGUCCUCCCCUUUGGAGUCACCAUGUCCUGUCCUUGUCCCAGUCCAGGUGCCCCCCACUCUCUCAGCUUGGUGUCACCACAUCCCCUCGCCUGUGUGACCCCAGCUCUGUCACUACCCAUUAAACACUCCUGUGUCCCCUGGCAUGGUGGCACCGUGUCCCCUGCGUGUGGCACAGUCCCUGUGUCCCCCACCAGGGUAGCCCUCUGCCUGUGUGUCCCCAUGUCCCUGCAGGGCACCAACAGCACGUUGUCCAUGUGUCCCCACCACGGUGUCCCUGCAGGGCAUGAAGGUGUGCCAGCUGUCCCUGUGUCCCCACAUCCCGGUGCCACUGUCCCUGUGUGCCUCAGGGCAUGAGGAGAGGGCGGUGCCAUUGUCCCCAUGUCCCCUUGGGGCGGUUCCACUGUCCCCAUGUCCCCUCGAGGCAUGAAGAGCAGGGCAGUGCCACUGUCCCCAUGUCCCCUCGGGGCACGAAGAGAGGGCGGUGCCACUGUCCCCGUGUCCCCUCGGGGCACCAAGAGCUGGCAGUGCCACUGUCCCCGUGUCCCCUCAGGGCACAAGGAGCAGGACAGUGCCA